AUGGCGGAGGUUUACCUGCACGACGCCGCACGGAACGGCGACGUCGAGGCGAUCAACAAGGCUGUCGCCGCGGGGCAGGACGUGAACGCGCGGGACGCGCACAAGCGCACGCCGCUGCAUCUCGCCGCGCACGCGGGACAGAUGGACGCCGCGAAGUUCCUCGUCGCCUCCGGCGCGAAGCUCCACCUCGAGGCGACCGACGGCGUCAACGCGCUGCACUUCGCGUGCAUACGAGGACACCACGAUCUCGCGCGCGAGCUCGUCAACCUCGGCGCGAACGCCAAGGCGGUCACGUACAAGGGCGAGAACGCGCUGCACUUCGCCGCGCGGACGGGGGACGUGAAGCUGAUAUCGAUGCUCCUCCGGAAGCAGGUCAGCGCGCUGACGAGGAGCAAGCGAGGGAAGCGGCCGCGGGAG